UCGUCCCUCCUCGCCCAUCGGCUCGUCCCUUCUCGCCGCUGCACCAUGGGCGAAGCUCUGAUGGCCGAGUUGGGGAAGGCGGCUCCUUUCCUGAGGAAGUCGGACAAGGAGCGUCUGGAAGCUCAGACCAGGCUGUUUGAUAUCAAGACCGAGUGCUUCGUGGUGGACGAUAAGGUGGAGUACGUGAAAGGACAGAUCCAGAGCAAAGACGGGGGGGCGGUGACGGUCAAGAAGGAGGACGGCACCACGGUCACCGUCAAGGAGCUGGACGUCCACCCACAGAAUCCGCCCAAGUACGAUAAAAUUGAAGACAUGGCGAUGUUCACGUUCCUCCACGAGCCGGCCGUGCUGUUCAACCUCAAAGAGCGCUACGCCGCCUGGAUGAUCUACACCUACUCCGGGCUCUUCUGUGUCACGGUCAACCCCUACAAGUGGCUCCCCGUCUACGAUGCCGAGGUGGUGGCAGCUUACCGCGGGAAGAAGAGGACCGAGGCGCCGCCGCACAUCUUCUCCAUCUCUGACAACGCCUACCAGUACAUGCUGACCGACAGGGAGAACCAGUCCGUCCUCAUCACCGGGGAAUCCGGAGCUGGGAAGACCGUGAACACCAAAAGAGUGAUCCAGUACCUUGCCAGCAUCGCCGCAGUGGGCAAGAGAGACCCGAGCAAGGGGACGCUGGAGGACCAGAUCGUCCAGGCCAACCCGGCGCUGGAGGCUUUCGGCAACGCCAAAACGCUGAGAAACGACAACUCGUCUCGUUUUGGAAAAUUCAUCCGCAUUCACUUCGGGAUGAGCGGGAAGCUGUCGUCCGCCGACAUCGAGACCUACCUGCUGGAGAAGUCCCGGUGCACCUUCCAGCUCAAGGCUGAGAGGAACUACCACAUCUUCUACCAGAUCCUGUCCAAUCAGAAGCCAGAGCUGCUGGACAUGCUGCUGAUCACCAACAACCCGUACGACUACGCCUACAUCUCCCAAGGGGAGGUCACCGUCGCCUCCAUCAACGACUCGGAGGAGCUGCUGGCCACCGACAGCGCCUUCGACGUGCUGGGCUUCACCGCAGAGGAGAAGACGGGCAUCUAUAAACUCACCGGCGCCAUCAUGCACUUCGGCAACAUGAAGUUCAAACAGAAGCAGCGCGAGGAGCAGGCGGAGUCCGACGGCACGGAGGCGGCCGAUAAGACGGCGUACCUCAUGGGCCUGAACUCCGCCGACAUCAUCAAGGGGCUGUGCCACCCCAGAGUCAAGGUGGGGAAUGAGUACGUCACCAAAGGCCAGAGUGUGGACCAGGUCUACUACUCCCUCGGUGCUCUGGCCAAGUCAGUGUAUGAGAAGAUGUUCAACUGGAUGGUGGUGAGGAUCAACCACUCCCUGGAGACCAAGCAGCCUCGCCAGUCCUUCAUAGGAGUGCUGGACAUCGCGGGAUUCGAGAUCUUUGACUUCAACACCUUUGAGCAGCUGUGCAUCAACUACACCAACGAGAAGCUGCAGCAGUUCUUCAACCACCACAUGUUUGUUCUGGAACAAGAAGAGUACAAGAAAGAGGGCAUUGAUUGGGUGUUCAUUGACUUCGGGAUGGACUUACAAGCUUGCAUCGACCUCAUCGAGAAGCCGCUGGGCAUCCUGUCGAUCCUGGAGGAGGAAUGCAUGUUUCCCAAAGCCAGUGACCAGACCUUCAAGUCCAAGCUCUAUGAUAACCACCUGGGAAAGAACAAGAUGUUUGAGAAGCCCAGGGCUGCUAAGGGGAAAGCAGAGGCUCAUUUCGCCCUGGUCCACUAUGCCGGCACGGUGGACUACAACAUCGGCAACUGGCUGGUCAAGAACAAAGACCCCCUGAAUGAGACCAUGGUCAGCCUGUACCAGAAGUCCUCUCUGAAGCUGCUCAGCCUGCUGUUCUCCAGCUAUUCAGGAAGUGACGGCGCUGACAAAGCCAGCGGCAAAGGAGCCAAGAAGAAGGGUUCCUCGUUCCAGACGGUGUCGGCUCUUCACAGGGAGAACCUGAACAAGCUGAUGAGCAACCUGAAGACCACACAUCCCCACUUUGUCCGCUGUCUGAUUCCUAAUGAGAAGAAAACCCCCGGGGUCAUGGACCACUGCCUGGUGAUGCACCAGCUGCGCUGUAACGGUGUCCUGGAAGGCAUCCGGAUCUGCAGGAAGGGUUUCCCCAACCGGGUGCACUAUGGAGACUUCAAACAGCGGUACAGGGUUCUGAAUGCCUCCGCCAUCCCUGAAGGCCAGUUCAUCGACUGCAAGAAGAGUGCAGAGAAGCUGCUGGGAUCCCUGGACAUCGACCACACUCAGUACCGGUUUGGGAACACCAAAGUCUUCUUUAAAGCCGGUCUGCUGGGGAUGCUGGAAGAGAUGCGCGAUGAGCAACUCUCUCGAAUCAUCACCAGGAUUCAGGCUAACGCUCGGGCCGUCCUGAUGAGGGCAGAGUUUGCUAAGCUAGUGGAGCGCAGAGAUGCCCUGAUGCUCAUCCAGUGGAACCUCCGCUCUUUUCUGGGUGUAAAGAACUGGCCCUGGAUGAAGCUCUUCUUCAAGAUCAAACCACUGCUGAAGAGCGCCGAGUCUGAGAAGGAGAUGGCCAACAUGAAGGACGAGUUCAACAACAUGAAAGAAGCUCUGCAGAAAUCAGAAGCAAGGCGGAAGGAACUGGAGGAGAAAAUAGUGACUCUUCUCCAAGAGAAGAAGGAUCUGACUCUGCAUAUUCAGUCCGAAGAGGACACGCUGGCGGACGCUGAAGAGCGCUGUGAACAGCUCAUCAAGAGCAAGAUUCAGCUGGAGGCCAAGCUGAAAGAGACGGCGGAGAGGCUGGAGGACGAGGAGGAGCUGAACGCAGAGCUCACAGCGAAGAAGCGGAAGCUGGAGGACGAAUGCUGCGAAGUGAAGAAAGACAUCGACGAUCUGGAGUUGACUUUGGCAAAGGUGGAGAAAGAGAAACACGCCACCGAGAAUAAGGUGAAGAACCUGACGGAGGAGAUGGCUUCCCAGGAUGAAAACAUCACCAAGCUCACCAAGGAGAAGAAGGCCCUUCAGGAGGCUCACCAGCAGACACUGGAUGACCUUCAGAGUGAAGAAGACAAAGUCAACAGCUUAAACAAAGCCAAGGUGAAGUUGGAGCAACAAGCGGACGACCUGGAGGGGUCGCUGGAGCAGGAGAAGAAGCUCCGCAUGGACCUCGAGCGCUCCAAGAGGAAGUUUGAGGGAGACCUGAAACUGACUCAGGAGAGUCUGGUGGACCUAGAAAACGACAAGCAGCAGCUGGAGGAGAAAUUCCAAAAAAAAGAUUUUGAGAUGGUCCAAAUAGUUUCCAGACUAGAAGAUGAGCAGGUUGCUUCUGUUCAGCUCCAGAAGAAGCUGAAAGAAAACCAGGCGAGGAUGGAGGAGCUGGAGGAGGAGCUGGAGGCGGAGCGGGCCGCCCGGGCCAAAGCGGAGCAGCAGCGCUCCGACCUGUCGCGCGAGCUGGAGGACAUCAGCGAGCGGCUGGAGGAGGCGGGCGGAGCCACGUCGGCUCAGGUGGAGAUGAACAAAAAGAGAGACGCGGAAUUCCAGAAGCUGCGCAGAGAGCUGGAGGAGUCGACGCUGCAGCACGAGGCCACCGCCGCCGCCCUGAGGAAGAAGCACGCCGACAGCGUGGCGGAGCUGGGAGAACAGAUCGACAACCUGCAGCGGGUGAAGCAGAAGCUGGAGAAGGAAAAGAGCGAGCUGAAGCUGGAGCUGGACGACGUGUCUGCCAGCAUGGAGGGUGUGGCCAAGGCCAAGUCCAACAUGGAGAAGAUGUGCCGGACAAUGGAAGACAACAUGAACGAGUACAAGAGCAGAUACCAGGAAGGCCAGCGCGCCGCCAGCGACCUGAGCGCCCAGAGGGCCAGGCUGCUGGCGGAGAACGGAGAGUUUGGCCGUCAGCUGGAGGAGAAGGAGAGUCUGGUCUCACAGCUGACCAGAGGAAAGAACUCGUACAACCAGCAGGUGGAAGAUCUACGCCGACAGCUGGAGGAAGAAGUCAAGGCGAAGAACGCCCUCGCCCACGCCACGCAGUCCGCUCGCCACGACUGUGAUCUGCUCCGAGAGCAGCUUGAAGAGGAGCAGGAGGCCAAGGCGGAGCUGCAGAGGGCGCUGGCCAAGUCCAACACCGAGGUCUCCGCGUGGAGGACCAAAUACGAAACCGAUGGCAUCCAGAGAACAGAGGAACUGGAGGAAGCCAAGAAGAAGCUGGUUCAAAGACUGCAGGAGGCCGAGGAGGCCAUCGAGGCAGCGAACGCAAAGUGUUCCUCCCUCGAGAAGACCAAGCACCGCCUCCAAAAUGAAAUCCAAGACCUGAUGCUGGACCUCGAGAAGUCCAAUGCCGCGUCUGCAGUGCUGGACAAAAAGCAGAGGGCCUUUGACAAAGUCAUGGCCGAAUGGAAGCAGAAGUUGGAGGAGUCCCAGUGUGAGCUGGAGGCCGCUCAAAAGGAAUCUCGGUCUCUGAGCACGGAACUUUUCAAACUGAGGAACGCCUACGAGGAGUCUCUGGAUCAGCUUGAGACGAUGAAGAGGGAGAACAAGAACCUCCAAGAGGAGAUCUCCGACCUCACCGACCAGCUGGGGGAGGGCGGCAGGGGUGCUCACGAACUGGAGAAGAUCCGGAAGCAGCUGGAGCAAGAGAAGGCCGAGCUCCAGUCAGCGCUGGAAGAGGCAGAAGGUUCUCUGGAGCACGAAGAGAGCAAGACCCUCCGAGCCCAGCUGGACUUCAGCCAAGUGAAGGCCGACGUGGAGCGCAAGCUGGCUGAGAAGGAGGAGGAGAUGGAGCAGGCCAAGAGGAGCUCCCAGCGGGCGCUCGAGGCGCUGCAGUCCUCUCUGGAAGCUGAAAGCAGGAGCCGCAAUGAGGCCCUGAGGGUCAAGAAGAAGAUGGAUGGCGACCUCAACGAGAUGGAGAUCCAGCUCAGCCAGGCCAACAGGCAGGCGGCCGACGCCCACAAGCAGCUCAAGAGCCUCCAGGCGUUCCUGAAGGACUCUCAGCUGCAGCUGGACGACGUCCAGCACGGCAACGAGGACCUGAGAGAGAGCGUGGCUCUCCUGGAGCGCAGAAACCACCUGAUCCAGGCCGAGCUGGAGGACCUGAGGGCGGCCCUGGAGCAGACGGAUCGGAGUCGCAAACUGGCCGAACAGGAGCUGACCGACGCCACGCAGCGCACGCAGCUGCUGCACGCCCAGAACACGGGCCUGAUCAACCAGAAGAAGAAGCAGGAGGCGGACCUCGUGCACCUGCAGAACGAGAUGGAGGAGGCCGGACAAGAGAACCGCUACGCCGAGGAGAAGGCCAAGAAGGCCAUCACGGACGCGGCCCUGAUGGCCGAGGAGCUGAAGAAGGAGCAGGACACCAGCGGCCAUCUGGAGCGCAUGAAGAAGAACACGGAGCAGACCAUCAAAGACCUGCAGCGGCGCCUGGACGAGGCCGAGCAGGUCGCCAUGAAGGGCGGCAAGAAGCAGCUCCACCAGCUGGAGGCGCGCAUCAAAGAGCUGGAGAACCAGCUGGAGGCGGAGCAGAGGAGGGGCGCCGAGGCCGUCAAGGGGGUCCGCCAGUACCAGCGCCGCAUCAAGGAGCUCACCUACCAGACCGAGGAAGACCGCAAGAACACGGCCCGCGUCCAGAACCUGGUGGACAAGCUGCAGCUGAAGGUCAAGUCCUCCAAGCACGCGGCCGAGGAGGCGGAGGAGGGCGCCAACGGCAACGUGGCCCGACUACGCAAGCUGCAGCACGAGCUGGAGGAGGCCGAGGAGAGGGCCGACAUCGCCGAGGCACAGGUCAACAAGCUGAGGGCCAAGACCAGGGACUCCAGCAAGGGCCGGGGCCAGUGAGCAGCUCCAGCUGUGGACGACUCCUGGAAACAGAAGCAAGUUCAUCAACAUGUAAACCUCCAGGUUCUGAUCCUCCUGCUUUCAUUAAAGACGAACAGGAAGUCA